AUGCCUCCAUCCGCACUUGAUGUGGAACGGACACCAGAACGGAAUCGAUGUUCUUCUCCAGAAGCUUCACAAGUGCAUUCGCGAUCAUGGCAUGCUCUUUUAUCACAACCACGUUCACUGAAAGUAUGUAAACCACACAGUUGGGUUUACCCUCGUGGAUUCCCAAUCCUCAGACCACGUCAAGUUUCCAGGAACGGUAUUCCUGCAGAAAACAUCGAAAAAACGUCUUCCAUUUACGUGUAUGAGAAGGACAGAACCUAUUUCGAACAGUGUUUCAAAGAGCUUCGAGUUCUUGGAAGAGGCUUGUUUGGAGAGGCCCUGGAGGUUGAAUGCCGAGAGACAGGGAAACGCUACGCUGUUAAGCGAGCUCUACACACAUUCGAGUCAGCCGGAAAUCGUCAGUUGAAAUUACGUGAAGCCACGAAUCAUGAGGCAAUACCUCCCCACAAGAAUAUCGUCAGAUUUGAAAAAGCCUGGGAGGAAAGAGGCCGUCUGUAUAUCCAAACAGAGCUCUGCGGAGCCAAUCUUGAAGAAUAUCGAGACGAAUUUGGAAUUCUACCAGAGAACGAGUUAUGGAAAGUUCUCUACGAUAUGGUGCACGCUUUACAUCAUUUGCACUCCACAGGAGUACUACAUUUGGAUGUAAAACCAUCGAAUAUCUUCAUUUCUGACGACUCCACCUGUAAAUUGGGUGAUUUUGGACUAGCAUUUGACAUGAAUAAGAUCCCCCGCGAUUCGGCUGAAGAAGGUGACAAGUAUUACAUGGCCCCAGAGAUCCUCAACGACUAUCCAACUACUGCAGCGGACGUCUACAGUUUAGGAGUGUCGAUGUUAGAGGUGAGCCCAUAUUACAAGGCGUCUUUCAGAGGCUAA